AUGCUCCGCGUGCAGCGCUGUGUACGUGCGUCUCCCACGCACUUGCGGCGUCCCCAGUACUCGGCAAGCACUGCGUCUACUGCCGCUGUGUCUUUGUCUCCCUCUUUCAAGUCAGCGUGCGCCAAGCCGUCGUCUGGAAGCGACAAUAGUGGCGAAGAGCCGCCCAAGUACAAGCCUGGCUGGUUCAGUCGCAACCCGGGCGUGACACUGGGCGGAAUCCUCUUGGGUAUCGGCUUUUACAUCUACAGGGGAUCGAAGGGGAAGAAGAACUUUGAAGCAGUGCAGAACCCGAUCGUUGAGGCGGCUGUUAUCUCGCCCUACGAGGCCUGGGAACUGCGCAGUAGCAACAACAUCACGCCCGAGGUCUUUGAGGAUGUGAGGGAUGGAGCGACACGAGUGUUCCCAGCGGGCAAGGCCACGAUGCGGCACUUUGACCAGUACUUGGGCUUCAAGCUGGCCCCAGUGUGUCCAACAGGAUUGAACAAGGCGCAUCAUCUAGAGCGGGUCUUGCUGAGUCUACACACGGACACGGACCGCAAGAGUGACGUUGAUGCGCAGCUCGUGGCCUUCUCGAUGGCUGUCAAAGGAGCAGUGGACGAGCGAUUGCGCAUUCUGUUCAACUUGGCGACAAAUGCGCCGAUGGGCGAAGCGCUCGAGACAAGUAGCGAGGACGACGAGGCGCGUGACGGCAAGACGGAGGAAGAGGCAGACGCGCGCGAGGUGUCCCAAGGCCAGUUGGAACGACUGCUCCACCUGUUGCUAGAAACGCACCAGAUUCCGUCUGAGAAGCGCGUGCUAGCGGUCGAGGACGCCAAGUACCCCUUCCAAGAGUACACUGCGGCGACACCGAGCGAUCUGCUCAAGGCUGCAGUACAGGCUCAAGUGAGUGACAAGACGAUCACCGAGGAGCAAGCACGAGGUCGUCAGUCGUACACAUUCGAGGCCUUUUCGCAGCUCAUGCGUGGCAAGACUGUGUGUCUGUGGGGCGAGUGCUUUGCCAGCAGCAAGAAGAAAAUGAAGAACUAG